AGGGAGGGAGGGAGGGAGGAGGCAGGGCUUUUGAUACAUACUGAGGAGUUGUCUAGGUGGUUAGGAAACUUUUGAAAGGUUCUCUCACGAUACUUGACAACAUUUAUAAGACACCAUUUGAGAAGUAGAGUAAAUGUAAUUCUUUCCUAAAGAGCUUACGAGCAGCCUAGUCUGUGCUCGAACUGGAAGGAAUUACUCACUUGUUUCCUUCCAGAAUGAGACCCCCUUUCUCUACUGGUCGAUAAGCCCCUCACUUCUCUCCUGCAGCCUCUCCCCACCCGCUGGGGCGCUGGCUUUCCCUGCAGGCUUCAGCUAUCGAGCGGCAGCACUGCUCCCUUGGCCUUAUCAGGGGCAGGGGCUCGGGGAACAAGCCCACUAACGCUGAGUCAGUGUGCAGGGCCCGCCCUGCCAGCCAGCAGAUUACCUUCCUCCCUCUCAGCUCUAAUUCAGAUCCGUUCCCUGCUCUGUCACAGGCCCUGCAAGGCCUGCCAGGCAGUAAUGAAGGUUCUUUUGCUGAAAGACUCUACGGAGGACGGUGGCCAGGAUCCGUACAUCAGGGAAUUAGGAUUGUAUGGACUUGAAGCCACUUUGAUCCCUGUUUUAUCAUUCGAGUUUCUGUCUCUUCCCAGUUUCUCGGAGAAGCUGUCUCGCCCGGAAGCAUAUGGAGGACUCAUUUUCACCAGCCCCAGAGCCGUGGAAGCUGUGCAGCUGUGCCUGGGGGAUGACAAAACCGAAGCCUGGAAGAAGUCUCUGAGAGGAAAAUGGAAUGCCAAGUCUGUGUAUGUGGUUGGAAAUGCUACCGCUUCUCUGGUGAACAAGAUCGGCCUGGAUGCAGAAGGAGAGCACUGUGGGAACGCAGAAAAGCUCGCGGAGUACAUCUGCUCCAGGGAGUCGCCCGCGCUGCCUCUGCUGUUUCCCUGUGGGGCCCGCAAAGGAGAAACCCUGCCCAGCGUGCUCAAGGACAGAGCACCCGUGGUGGAGUGGCCGGGGCAGUCCUGUGGGCGGCCCACACAGCUUGGGAACGAGGGUGUCUGUGGUACAAAGGAAGCCUGGGUUUCAGAGCCCUGUCCUUUCCUGCGUCUCGCCUCCCCCGCAGGCCACUUAGUGUUCAGCAGGUGCAGAGGGCCGGCUGAGCCUGUUCAGGAUGGUGGGCAGACGGAGGUCCCCACUGACUGCCCUGCAGUACAGACUCCGUGGUGUCCCCAGGGCAGUAACUGUUUCCUGGUUUUGAUCGUGUCCAGGGAUCCCCAUGGAGAGCAUCAUUGUCUAUCAGAAGACGCCACACCCGGGGAUCCAGGUGAACCUGAACAGCUACUACUCCACGCAGGGCAUUCCAGCCAGCAUCACAUUUUUCAGUCCCUCUGGCCUGACGUACAGUCUCAGGUAUAUUCAGGAGUUAUCUGGAGACAACAUCAAUCAAAUCAAGUUCGCAGCCAUUGGCCCCACCACUGCCCGUGCCCUGGCUGCCCGGGGCCUGCCUGUGAGCUGCACUGCGGAGAGCCCCACCCCACGAGCGCUGGCCGCGGGCAUCCGGACGGCGUUGCAGCCUCACAGCUGCUGAGUGAGCCGCCCCGUGGCCUUCCUGGGCUGGGCUGUGCCCUGUGGGCCGAGGACAAUGGGCUGCUGCCUGCGGGGUGGGGGAGGCCUGCCCUCAACGCCUGCCCUGUGCCUGAGUGAAACCACCCCAAUACCAGCGAUUGGGAAGGGACCUGAGGCUGGCAGCAGGCCCACGCGCAUGUCACUCCCUCCAUGGAGGCUACUCGGACCCUUGCCCAGCACAUGCCAGCUUCUGGGCCCCUCGAGAGUGCUUUCCCUGGCAGCAGGAAAUCAGAUGAACCAUACGGGCUACUGGUGCAGACUGUUGGCGUCUGGCUGUGCACUGUUUCCAGGGCGAGGCAGUGUUGGGGGAGGAAACAGAUGUGCCCAUGCUCUGAAAACCAGCAAACCUGGAAUGAGUGAUUAAAUCUGUUGUGUGUGAA